CAACACUGGAAUCAGCUGAUUUCAUUGAUAAAAUGUUUUUGUUUUGAUUGAGUAAAACUCCCUCCCUAAAACUACUAUAAAAUAAAUAUUCUUUUAUCACAUACUAUGAUCACAUAGCAAGGCAUUUAGUUCAAAGUACAAACUAUGUAAUGGAUCGCCCAAAUAUCCAGGGACAAAUUGGCUACCUUACAUUAAACUCAGAAGGGGCCGUUUUGGCCAGCGAAGGCGAUUUAAAGAAUGAUGAAAAGACUGCUGGCAUUCUGCACGGUCUAAUUACUUUAGCGCACAACCGAUUGGACCCCAAAGCUUUCGAUAAAGGCUUCAAGCGUCUUACAGUUACUUAUGAGGACCACGCUUACGUUGUUUGCUUGAGCAACAGAAAGAUUCACAUAGUGAAACGUCAAGUGCAGGCUACCUAAUAAUGUUGCUUAUUAUAUAUUUAACUAAUCAAAAGUUUAUGCAGAUUAUGAUUUUGUUGGGGGGUAUCAGUUUUUCUUUGUAUCAACUUUAUGAGCGUAUACAAGAAAUGGAAACAUCAGCACCCCCUCAAAAUAACUAUAUUCCACAAAAGUUAAUGGUCGAUGAAUGAUUUCAUUCCAUAUAUUAUUUUGUAAAUAAAUUAGAUUUUUUUAUCAUUAAAAUAAUACAAUAUAUAUUGUCUGGCUAGCCAAACGGCGAACUCCAAAAGAAUUUGCUGCUUUGCCAAACUUGACGGAAACAAUAAUAAACAAGUUGGUAACAUAUUUUUAUUUACAACCACAUACGUAAUGUUGACAUUUCUGACUUUUCAAAAGUUUGAAAGUGACACUUUUUUGAAUUUUACUUUCCACCCGGGUGGAAAAUGGUCCCAGGUGGAAAGUGCUCACUUUCCACCCGGGUGGAAAGUAAGUUCUCAUUUCCUAAAAUGUUUAAGACGAGUCCUGCAUGUCAAACGUUUUUUUAAAUGAGUCAGAACUUGUCAACAAAUUUUUAAAAUUAUUUUUAGUAUUUAGUCGAAAUUAUGAGGGUUGUAAUUGUUGCAAAUAAAAUAGUAUACAAACC